GAAAUACCCAAAUAAUAAAAAUUUAAUAGAAUUUUAUCUACGAAGGCAAACAUGACUGAACGUUGAAAAUCUAAUCAGACUCGAUAUUUAAUAUUUAUUUUCACAUAAUUUAGCUGAAAAUAAUAGAUAAUAGAUAAUUUAUAAAGUUAAUUACCCUUGGCUGUUAAUCGAAGAGUGAAAUUGUUUAAUUUGACCAUGUAUUUGACAAGAAGUGUUGUUUUGGCGAUACUAGGAGGCACGCUGUUCAGCUUCAUGAUAACAACUCACAUAACAUGGACAUCUUCUGUUCUUCCAAAAUUGACGAAUGCAGCCACCAGCCCUUUCGGUAGAGCCAUCAACAAAAGCGAAGCUAGUUGGAUCACCUCCAUAUUCGCCUUGGGUUCCAUUUUGGGCACUUACGUAUUCAAUUACCUCUCAGGAAAAGCAGGAAAGAAACUGACUUUACUAUCAGCUGGAAUACCCUGCCUUGUUUCAAAUAUUAUUAUUUAUUUUACUGAUUCUGUAAUGAUGUAUAUAGUAGCAAGAUUCAUAGUAGGUUUAUCAAUAGGUACACUGUUUUUAUUUCCUAUUUAUGUAGCAGAAUUAACGCAUAAAAACAUGAGGCAGGUUAUAAGCAUAAUUUGCAGCACUGGUACUUGUUCAGGGAUGCUUUUUUCUAACUGCAUAGGACCUUUUGUUAGCAUUCAAAUGUUCAGUCUGUUACUAGGUACAAUUUCAGCUAUAUUCAUAAUAUAUUUUGCUGUUUUUGGACAAGAAGUACCUCAUUAUUAUAUAAUGAAGAACCAAGAUAUCCUCGCUAGAGAAGCUUUAGAAAAAUUACGAGGAGGAUACGAAAAUAUCGACGAAGCUUUUGACGAAAUCAGAAGCAAGUAUGAAGAAGAAAAAGCUGGUAAGCUUAAAGAAUUGUUCGUAUCAAAGCCUUUGAUAAAAGGCUUUGUAACUUGUACAUUAUUGUUAUUAUUCAACCAGUUGUCUGGUAAAAAUAUUAUUAUUUUUUAUGGACAGAAUAUUAUUAGAGGUGUGAACCCCGAGCUGUCACCGGAAAUCAGCAUGAUCCUAUUGACAGUUGUUAUAUUUAUAACCACAUUGAUGGCGUCGCCUGUAUGCUGUAGAUUCCCUAAAAGGACACUAUUAAUAUUUUCUGGAGUAGGUAUGUUUUUAUCAGAAGCUGUAUUAGCGAUUUAUAUUUAUUCAGAACGUAAUUUUGAUUUACCGAAAUCAUUAAAUUGUUUACCACUUGUAUGUUUAACAAUGUUCAUCGCUGCUAACAGCAUAGGGUUUGGUCCAUUACCAUUCAUAAUUUUAGGAGAAAUGUUCCCAAAUAGAACCAAAGCAGUGGCGGCGUCUUCUGUAGGACUAAUCAUCGGGAUAGUGGGGUUCAUUUUGACGAAAUAUUUCAUGUAUGUUGUUGACGUCAUCGGAAUGGAUGGAUUUUUUAUGUGUUGUGCUAUUUGUUGUUUAUUUUCGACUUUCUUUAUACGAUUUUAUGUUAUUGAAACGAAAGACAAAAGUUUGGAAGAGAUACAAUAUGAACUAUCUCUGUAAUUAUUUUUUUUUUGUUAAAUAUUGAAUCCAAUUUGGCUGGACCAAAUUGAUUGUUAAAUUAUUGUAUUUACGUUAUUUACAUUUUUUUGUAAUUGUUAUUGACUAUAUAUAUUUGUUAUAAUGAAUGUUUCAAAUCAUAUUUUUAAAACGAAAUGAG